GGGGGAAAUGGAGGUGUUGCCACAGGAGGUAACGGUGGAACUAAUGGCAAUGGAGGUAGUGCUACUGCCUCUGGCGGUAAUGGCGGUGCUGGAGGAGGCAAUGGGGGACAUGGAGGUCAGGCCACAGGAGGUAAUGGCGGAGCUGGAGGCAAUGGAGGUAGUGCCACUGCCUCUGGCGGUAAUGGCGGUAAUGGAUUUGGAGGCAACUUUGGAGGUUAUAGGCCUUAUAGGCCUUACGGAAAAAGGACUAUUGAUACACCUUUGAAUGAUCCGGAUCCAGAUCCAUUUUUCUGGAUUUUUCACCAUCGCCAUGGGUAUGGGGGACGACGACCAGGCAAUGGAGGAGGAAAUGGGGGAAAUGGAGGUGUUGCCACAGGAGGAAAUGGUGGAGCUGGAGGCCAUGGAGGUAAUGCCAAUGCCUCUGGCGGUAAUGGCGGUGCUGGAGGAGGCAAUGGGGGACAUGGAGGUCAGGCCACAGGAGGUAAUGGCGGAGCUGGAGGCAAUGGAGGUAAUGCCAAUGCCUCUGGCGGUAAUGGCGGUAACGGAAAUGGUGGCCACAGAGGUUUUUGGUUUUCCGGAAAAAGGAAUAUUGAAACGGAGCGUUAUGAUGAGUGAAUCAAGGUGCGGAGGCAAGUUGCCAGAUUUUUCGUCAGAUGUGGAACUCGGCUCUUGAAGCUGCUGUAGUUUAUUCUAAUUUGAAAUAUUGUGGUUAGGGUGAAACCAGUGUCCUUUUAUAAGAUUACGGGGAUAAAUAACUGUAAAAGCAUUUUAAUGUAAUAAACGAAGUUAAAAGCA